AUGUUCCCUUUUACAUACACGCUGGGCAACCAAACACCACAACAAAACACAACCACAACCACAAUCCACCGCGAGAGCACGGACGAGGUCUCAAAGAUCCUCACCACCCUCUACGACGGAGAGUCCAUCAACUCUGGCAACAGCAAUAGCAGCAGCAGCAUCGACUCUAUCCAGGCGCACUUCUUCUUCCAACACCAACAGUUGAUUCAGCACUCCGAUGCUCCAUUGUUUUUCCAUUCGACCCCAACCUCAAUGUUGAAUCCCGCACCGUGGAACAUGUUCACUCCCACGCCCGUGUCGCCCGCGUCCCCAACAUCGUCCUGCUUCUCGUCCUCCGGCAACGAUACCGAUACCGAAUGGGACUCUAUCUACUCCAGCCCUGCCUUCGCCUUGCUCCCUUACCCAACUAACUCUGCAGCCAAUACAAGCAUCGACGCGAUGAAGGUGGAACUCGAUGAGGACUCAAACCUGUUCUUAACGAUUGAGGAUCUCCUCUCGAAUCACGUUUCGGCCGUUGACGAAAAUGCCGCAGUUGUCGGAGCCGCCUCGGCAGGAGGAAAUGGCGAUCUGUACCAGUACUCUGCUGCUGGGUUUACCCUGCUUCCUGAGUACUUGCGGGUACAAGAGGAGGACAAGAAGUCACAUCAACAUCGCCGUCGUCAUGCCAAGGGCAAGAAAGCGCUGCACAUUUCCGACAAUGCCGGUUCACAUCCAUACAACAACUGCAACCGAACAACAGGCGGUCCUCAACGCUUGUCUUCUCGUUCUCCCGUUAUCUCCUUUGCGCCUUACACGUCACCCACCAUCUCUUGCGCCUCACUUUCUCUCAACCAGAAACAACAUAACCACAACCACAACCACAACCACAACCACCUCCGCCAAGACGACGACGACGACGCAAUAUCAACUUACUCUUCCUCGUCCUCCCUCUCCUCUGCGCCUUCCUCCCGCGACAGCUCUCCCGAGACCUUCACUACAACAACGAGCUCUCCCGAGACCUCCACUACAACAACGACUACCUCCAACGGAACCGAGACCAAGACGACCUCCUCCGACGGCACUACAAGGAUAAUCAACAAAGACGGCUCCAUCAUGUGCUUCAACCGCGCCACCCUCACCACCACCUUCCGCUGCAACCUCUGCCCCACCCAACAACAAUCUUUUGGUCGAAUCCAUGACCUGAAACGUCACCAGGCAACAAAACAUGCAACUGCCGAAGGUGGUGCUCCAAAGGUGUGGCCUUGCGAGUUCUGUAAGAACCACUUCGUGAGACGGGAUGCGCUGUUGAGGCAUUAUACUAUCAAAACUGUGAAGGACGAUGGUGUGCAUCCGGGGGAGGAGGAGGAGGAUGUUUUGGCUGCUGCUCGUGCUCGUGCUAAACUUAUCUGA